AUGGGCCGUGGCCAAUGCCAAAUCUGCGGCCAAGUCCAUGCAAGCUUACGCCAAUCCACGGUAGUCGACGUCAGCCCCAUGGCGACAAUCAGUCCACAGUACACUACAUAUGCUCGCACACUGCCCUUACCAGCUGCACAUCCUGUUAGCGCCCGGAGAGGAGCCAUAUGGGCCUCAGCACUAAAAAAUAAGCGAUAUGACGAUGGGCCUCCCUACUCGACAUUGGCCCUACCAACCACACCCCGCCAAGUCAACGACCUGCCUUUACACACGAUGCGCCAGCCACAAGCAGUAGGACACGCCUGCCCCACUGGCUCACUAGCCACACGCGAGCCUCCACCGAUCAUCCUCAUUAGCAUCAUCAUUAUCAUCAUCAUCAUGAUCCUCAUCUCAACUUAUAACCAUGUCACUCCAACACGCGUCGCAUACAUGCUUAGAGUUUAA